UCGAGAUACAGUAGUAGCCCGGAGUGAGGUGGCAGUCUUAUUCCACAUCGACACUGACUUGCCCUGCAUACAUCCAAUCUGUCUCCAUAUCGCAGAGCGCACUUGAGGAGCGAAGGAGGGAAAGAGUCAAGAUGGCAUCUGGAAGUGGACGAUCCGGGAUCUAGUCUCUACGUGUUUUUUGUUUUUUUCUUUUCUUUUUGGUACCACACAGCACAAGUGACUGGCCGUGCAAGGCGUUAAUAACUAAGUUGCUCGUGGCCUGGUGGGACGUCGCUGGUGUGGAAUAGCAACAAAGGACGGGAGCGCGCAUUCAUGGGACGCGACUUUGACAGCUCCACAUUUCUUGUCUUUUAACUUUUAUUACCUGGCAGCGGGGCCGAGAGAUCGUGAUAGGAAAUAAUGGCCGAGGCUUUCCCCGACCCCCUCCCGGAUUUGGACGUGGUCAUCGACCCGGACUUCGAGCCCCAGAAGCGGCCCAGAUCUUGCACCUGGCCGCUGCCACGACCGGACUCCAACACGGCGAAACCGGAGAGCCAUGACACAGAUAUUAUCCCCGAGGAGGAGGAUGAUGAAGACGAUAACGCCACUCCUACGGACGUCAGUGUCAAUGGCUCAGGCUUGGCGACAGAGGACCAGAGCAGCAGCAGCCCCGUGGCCGACGGAGCGCUCUUCCCCGGCCACGACAGCGGAGGCUCCCCGCUCUCCGCUCACUCCCCGACGGCCGCUUCUGGCGCGCUGACCCCCAGCAGCCUGGCCGCCCAGCAGACCCCGAGGAAAGCAUCGUCUCGCCGUAACGCGUGGGGGAAUCUGUCCUACGCCGACCUGAUAACCAAAGCCAUCGAGAGCACGCCGGACAAGAGACUGACGCUGUCUCAGAUUUAUGACUGGAUGGUGAGAUCCAUCCCCUACUUCAAAGACAAAGGCGACAGCAACAGCUCUGCAGGAUGGAAGAACUCCAUCCGGCACAAUCUUUCCCUUCACAGCCGCUUCAUCCGCGUCCAGAACGAGGGAACCGGGAAGAGCUCCUGGUGGAUGAUAAACCCAGAGGGAGGGAAGGGCGGCAAGGCUCCACGCCGUCGCGCUGUCUCCAUGGACAACAGCAACAAGUACACCAAGUCGGCCCGCGGCCGUGCUGCCAAGAAGAAGGCGGCUCUGCAGGCCGCCGCUGCAGCUGGUGAAGGCGGCGCAGACAGUCCUUCAGGUCUCUCCAAGUGGCCCGGAAGCCCAACGUCACGCAGCAGCGAGGAGCUGGACGCCUGGACAGACUUCCGCUCCCGCACUAAUUCCAACGCCAGCACACUGAGCGGUCGCCUCUCACCCAUUCUGGCCAACCCCGAGUUGGACGAGGUGCCCGAUGACGAGCCUCCUCUCUCGCCUAUGCUGUACUCCAGCCCCGGCAGAGCGCUGUCUCCAAGCAACGCCACGACCAACGUCAAGUCUGCGCCGGCCGAGCUGCCCCGCCUGGCAGACCUGGCCGGUACAAUGAACCUGAAUGACGGACUCACAGAUGACCUGAUGGACGAGUUGCUGGAUAACAUCAACCUGGUGCCAACCGUGACGGUGCCGACAGCUCCAAAUGUUUCCUCAGGGUUCAACUUUGUGUCCAAACCCAACGGGCUCGGCUCACCUUCCCCCACCUCCUCUCCCUCCACCAACACAUCUACAAACGGGGGAGUUAAUGGUUACAGUAACUCCAUCUUUGGCCCCCACACGGCAGGCUCCUCUCUGCGUCCGUCCCCCAUGCAGACCAUCCAGGAGAACAAGCAGACCUCCUUCUCCAGCAUCAGCCUCUCUCGCUUUGGCAGUCAGACGCUACAAGACCUGCUCAACUCUGACAGCCACAGCCACAGCGAUGUCAUGAUGACCCAGUCUGACCCGCUGAUGUCACAGGCCAGCGCCGCCGCCAUCGUUUCCCAGAACUCCCGUCGUGGCCUCAUGCUCCGUAAUGAUCCCGUAAUGACCUUUGGGACCACUGGAGGACUUCAGGGCAGCCAAGUGGAGAUACUUCAAAGUAACAACCACAACCAGAGCUCCCUGAGGUCUUUAAACGGAGGCCUGAACCUAGCCAACGAGGCUAACGCUCUGGCUAAUGCCAAGCAGCAGCUCCUGCUCUCACCCUUGGGAGGAAAUGGUUCCUCUUCCAUGCAGAUCGACACCUCGAUCUUCUUAAACGGGACAAUUAGCAGCAGUGGAGGGAUCUGCCAGGACCGUUUCCCCACAGAUCUGGACUUGGACAUGUUCAACAGCAGCCUGGAGUGUGAUAUGGACUCCAUAAUCAGGAACGAGCUGAUGGACGCAGAAGGCCUGGACUUUAACUUUGAAUCUUUGGCCAACAUGAACGGAGUCGGCAACUUCGCAAGCACUAAGAAGAGUUGGGUACCCGGCUGAGAGGGUCAGGCCCGGGGAGGAGCAGAGCAGGUCUGAACUAUGUAGUGCGAGAGAAGAUCAGACACACAACAUCCUUUUUGCCAAACCUGCCAUCAGCACAACGUAAAAAACGAACCCUGUGUUUACAGAAGAAGACUUCCUCUCAAGAGCUUUACCUUCGCUCCCUCACUGGUGAACCAUGAACGAUCCGACAGACUCCAGAGAUACUGCACAUCGUCCCUCGAAGCCUCCUGUGAAACAACAACAAAACAAAAAAAAGCUAUGUCAAACUCACAAAUCUUAGAAUUAUGCAAUUUUCCUUUGACACCCAGUCUGUUGACAUCAAAGAGACACUGCUUUAUCAGACGGGUUUUCAGGUGAAACAUGAGGACUUAAUAUCAAGCGACUAUUGAAGGAGUGCUCGGUGCAGUUGUUUCCGUUGUAAAGUGAAAAAAUCAAGUAUUGAUGUAGUGUAAAUCUGAUCCAGUGGUUUUCCUGGAUGUGUUAUGUUGAAAAAAGAAUAUCCCUCUGUUCUCUCUUAGUGAUUUUAAAUGUUCAGUGUUUGUUUUUUGGAUUUUCUGUCUUCAUCAUUGUUUCUGCAUCAUACAUGUCUUUACAGAAAGAACUGGUGUAUUGAUGAAAUGGAAAGAUGAAAAUGGAGUAUCUUUACUCACUGAGUGGCCACGCGUACAGUACAUGCAAACACACCAAUAGACAAACUUACUCUUUGCCCCAGUUUGCAAAUCUUCAGGACCCUUACAAGUCAAAACUGCUCAACUCAAUGCCAUGCACUUCCAAUUAUUUUUGCUUCAAUUCAAUUUAAUGUUGCAUACUGAGGGUUAUAUUACAAUCAGCUGAAUAUUACAAAAUAUUUGCUAUCAUUUGUGUAUAUCUAAGUGUAAAAAAUAUGAAAAAGAGACUAGAGGAAGAAAUGUCUGUCAUGAAUUAUUGUACAGUGCAGAGAAGUGUAAAGUUCAAGAAGGACAAGGAAAUACUUUUUGUCAGACAAUAUUAAUUUAAUAUUGGUCAAUUCUGUCGGGGUCGUUUAUCACUGCAUAUGAUGUAGCCAAAAUGAAUACCUGUGUCCUAGGGUUGUGAACAUUUCCACACCAUUACAGGUGCUAUGUAAACAGUGUUGAACCCUGCCCUGAGAGCAAGCCGUGCAUUUUUGUUUGUUCGUUUUGUUUCUGUUUUUUACCCACGACCUGCAGAAGCCCAAAACUGCAGCCAUUUGUAGCACGGCGACAGUUGAACCUGAAGACGGCUGCGGGGGGGAGGGGGGGGGAGCAGGGUUUUAGGCUCAUUCCUCAAGAAGCCAUUUGUUUCUCGAGAAAAACAAUAAUAAGCUAACUCUGUAUAUUGCCAAAUUACUUGAAACAAACAGUAGGAUAUGCUGGCA